AUGUCUGUUGCAGGUCGACCGUUUGCCCAUGAGGAUAUCCUCUGCGGUAAUCUGUACCUUCAUCUCAUUAUCAACAAGAAUGUGACAUACUCCGUUGUCACCCCCCAGUUUCGUCGGGACAUGGCUCGACUGCUCCAAGCCGAGUACACCAUGAACAAUGGGACCUUCAGCGAACGUCAGAAUGCUGCUGUUGUCUUCGAGAACCUUACUGCCAAUUGGCCUCAUUCCAACAAGGAAAAAAUCAAGAAGAAGCCCCAUCGGGAAAAGUAUCAGUUCAUCACUGAUGCCAAUGUCGAUGACAUCAUUGACGCUCUUGACCCACAAAACAACUACCGAGCCCACAUUGAAAACGAUGACGCCCUGCGAGUCCGCCAACAUGUCUUGGAAUGUCAACUGACCUACAAAGGAGCGAAGACAAAAACACCCCAACCAAUGCUCAUCUGGCCUGAUUGGCUUAAGGGAGCGAUCAUCGUCAAUACCAUCAAUGGAUGCCAGAAUCGAAAAUCCCUAACAAAUUGCAUGGCGGCCUUCUACCACAUGAAUGCAACCACGGCGGAGCAAUAUCUCUACAUGCACGAACUGCUUCCCCAAGCAAUCCCUCGGACCCGGGUAUCACUCCUUGUUCCGACAUCUGUGGUACCCAGCAGUGCUUCUGUCCUUGGUUCGCCAAUCGGUGCUGUGGCCCCUUCUGGGUUUGAGUCUGAUGUGAUGACCACGAGCGGAUACACCCCAGCAACUCUGCAGCAACAACUCGACCCCACCCAUGGAAUCCCGGUGGGUGGCACUACCAUGGCAACAAGCACUGGAUUGGAUGCCCCGUCUGGUCCUGGACUGGGAAGCAACACUCUAGUGGAUCCACCUGGUCCUGGGACAGGGUCAGCCCCAUUGGACCCUCCAGGUCCUGGAAUGAGGACCAUGCCAUCUGACCCUCCAGCACCAAUGCCAGCGCCUACCACUGGUACUCCAGGCAUGGGAACCAUGAAACCACCACCUCCAAGUCCGAGUCCAACUCCAUGGCAGCCACCACCAGCUGGUCCCAUGCCAACUGCACCACGCCCUCCUGCCUAUGGAUAUGGCAGUACUGUUCCUGCUGGAUUAUUGGAAGGGCCACCCAUGCCGUCCCCACACGGAAGUCAACUAGCGCUGCCUGGGCAGCAGCCACAUGGUGCCAUGACACCUUGGCCUGGUCCAUAUCCUCCUUAUGGAUAUGGAUGGCAACAACCGGCCCCAGCCCCUGUGGUGCAUCACCACCAAUACAACAUUUCGGGAGGCAUUUCUGGUGGAGCCACUGUUUCGUUCGGGGCUGUCAAGAAGAAGAAGGGCAAGAAGAAGUCACAAGACUCGAGUGACAGCUCCACUGGGUCCGAUUCCUCUGGAGCCAGUGAGAAACUGACGGCCGCUGCAAUCGAGAAAAUCGUUCGAGAGCGUGAUGAGGCACUCGCUAACACCAUCAAACGGGACGGCAACCGAACCCGGUCUACUGUUCAGGCUUUGACAACAGGGCGCCCUGCCAAGCCCGAUGCCAUGCAACGUGAGCACCAACAAGCAGCCGAGAGCGUGGGCACAGUGCUGCAGUUUGAUGGAGCCUUGGGUGGAAGCAAUCGGGGCCUCCGAACCCCUGAGUUCGGCAGCAGUAGCACCCCACGCUUCCCUGGGGGUGGCCGGCAGCAGGGUUCCUCUGUCUCUUUCCAAGUGCCGAACUCUGCCAACACAGUUCGAGCAGCACCCCCCACUGACAACACGCAGCAGACCCCACUGACCGUUUCUGUGCCAGUUGCGUCCUCACCCACCUCGCCUCUGGAAGACUCUGCUGGGGAUUCCCCUAGCAGGGAGGAUACCAGUGGCGGCACAACGACCCCAAGUGCUGCACCAAAGUCCAAGUCUACCAGAUCAUGGUGGCAAUUUCACAAACGCCAGAGUGGUUCCAGUGGUUCCAGUGUAGCAUCUGGGAGUAGCCGUGGGUCACGAGGGAAGCGAAUUGUUACCAAGGUUCAGAAAAGCUUCCGUGGUGGUUCCAAGCUCGUCCGCAGAUCCUUUAGCGGUGGUUCGAAGCCUGCAACCCAGCGCUCCCCAAGUCCUACAAGUCCUACAGCUACUCUCCAACCUGUGUCUGGGGCUCCUGCCGUCGAAACUGUGGAGCAUGAUGAAUCGGUGGACGGUUCCUCUCAAGGCACAGCCUUCUUUGAUGCGGCCCCUGGUUUGGACGGCAUCAACCAUGCAAGACCUGAAGACGACGACGACAGCAGCAACCAUGAUCCGGACCUUGAUGGUAGCCCUGAGGCAGCAAUGGCAUGUGCCAAGCCUACAACCCAAGACACGCCUGAAGAGACUCAGUGGGACCAAGACAUUGCCCUUGGCCAGGAGAAGCAUGUUGUGCGGUAUGGGUGGGUUGGAGGAGCUCCCGCUGUCGCAAGUCUCCCUGUCGAAACCGCCACAAUCGAACCAUCCAAGACCGUGUCUAAACAAGUCAAGCUGGACGAGGCGUACGCCGCAUCCGCGCAGGCUGAAUGGGAUGCGCAGGAUCGACUUAGCAAGCCAGCAGCAAAGAAGAGCCCCACUGAAGAUGCCUUAGAGGUAGAUUCUGUCUCCAGUGAGAGCACCGAUGAUGGUGGUGGCAAGCCGGCAGCGAAGACGAGCCCCACUGAAGAUGCAUUCGAGCCUGAAGAUGACAUCUCUGAGGCUAAUUCUGUGGUGCCCGUUGCUGAUUCUGUGGAGCCAGCUGAUGAUGACAAUUCCAGUGUUGGCAGCAUUGCACCUGAAACUGCUACGAACUCAUGGUUUGGGAUAAGGUUCAGCAUCUUUUCCCCAUCGAAGCCGGAGAUGUCGGGUGCCGAACUGAAAAUGAUUGCAGCCAGGGCUGCUGAAGCGCCCCCGGAAUCAGCUGAUGGUGCCUCAGUGGUCCCCGCCAAUCCAGAUGAAGACUCCCAGGGAAACAAGGAAAAGCCAAAUGAGGCAGCACAGGAGGCCACUGCUGAGAAAGAAUCUGAUUGUGACAGUCAGAGUUCCAAGUGCACCACUGAAGAGCUUUCCCCAAUGCAUGGGCCAAAGGUUCGGGCUGGUCCCACCCCUGCACGUAUCCGUGCCAUGACUCUUGAGGAGAUGAAAGCUGCUGAAGAGAAACUGGAACCAGCUGUAGCCGAGCCAGCUGAAGAAGGAUUGCAUGCUGCCACCACCGAUCCAACUGCAAUGAGUCUUGAGGAGAUGAAGGAUGCUGAGCCAAUCAUUGAAGAAGACGAAGAAGGAUCACAAGUGGGAACUGAGAGCACAGCCAUCGCUAAGGCUGCUGAGGAGGAGCUGGAACCAGCGGUAGCCAAGGUGGCUAAACCCAAUACCGAUUGUUCUGGUCCCAAGAAGAAAACGUCUCCAAUGGCCAAGGGUGGUCUCCUUGGCAUUGGUGGCAACCCAAUCCGAGGCACCAACAUUCCCAAAGCAGAGGCCUCCGUGGUGGUCGAAACCGUGGAUGAAGAAAGCUCUGAGGGAAGCUAUCCCCCAGUCGAAGCCACGGACGGUACCAUUGUUCCUGUGACCAUUUCAAUUGCAGCCACUGACCAUGUUCCCACGGAGACUGCAUCCAAGGUCGAGGAAGAAGAUGGUGCACCCAUUGCCAAGGCUGCUGAGGAGGAGCUGGAGCCACUUGACGGUGGCACUGUGGUAGAGGCUGAGCCAGAUGAAGAAGGCUCUCAGGGAACCCAGCAGUCUGAUGGUCGAGCUGGCACUUGGCCAAACGAUGACAAACCUUAUUGGGGGCUGAACAGGACGAAUGGGAAACCAUGCGCUCGCUGUAGAGCCAUUCCGGGAUACUGUGCAUCCCAUAUGGGCCAGGCCCCACCCGGAUAUGAUGCAGAGGCACAGAUGAAGAGGGCUAAGGCGAAGAAGAAAGAAGCCCAGAAGAAGAAAAAAGCAGCCCCUGUGAUGAAGAAGAAGAAAGCUCCAAAGAAGACGACGACGAGCAUUGCUGUUAUUGAUGCAGUACCUGCGGGCACGGGAUGGAAACGCCGUAAAUCGAAACGGACCAGAACUGAUGAACCUGAUUCCAAGUCUGACUCGAGUGAUGAUGAUGACGAUGCUUGA